AUGCCUUUUUCUUUAGGAUACCUCUGGGCAGGACAGAAACAGGGCGUAUCAGAUGCUCCGUCGAGAUCUAGCAAACUCAGCACGCAAUGUGUUACAAAUUUCAGGGCCGCGAGUAUGCGACCAGUUCCUGCUGUACAACUUAGUCAACAAUUUAGGACAGUACAUCAGUUAGAAGCGGAAUCGUAUUCCGAGCCUUAA